GUGUGUGGUGAGGUGAGAACAAUGGCAUUUAAGAAGGUUUGGUGUGCCCUAGCCCUGGGAUUUCUGCUGCCUUUCUCUUGUGCCCACACAGACUUCUUCACUUCCAUUGGUCAUAUGACAGACUUAAUUAAUACAGAAAAAGAUCUGGUUGUGUCACUCAAAGACUACAUCAAGGCAGAGGAGAGCAAGCUGGAGCAGAUCAAAAAAUGGGCAGAGAAGCUGGACAAGCUGACAGAUACUGCCACCAAAGACCCAGAGGGGUUUUUGGGCCACCCUGUGAAUGCAUUCAAGCUGAUGAAAAGGCUGAACACAGAGUGGGGUGAGCUGGAGAGCCUGGUCCUCAAGGACAUGUCAGAUGGCUUUAUCUCCAACAUGACAAUCCAGAGGCAGUUCUUCCCCAAUGAUGAGGAUCAGACUGGAGCAGCCAAGGCCCUCCUGAGGCUCCAGGACACCUACAACCUGGACACAGACACCCUCUCAAGAGGGAACCUGCCAGGUGUGAAGCACAAAUCCUUCCUAACAGCUGAAGAUUGCUUUGAGCUGGGGAAGAUUGCCUACACAGAAGCUGACUACUACCACACAGAGCUGUGGAUGGAGCAAGCCCUGAAGCAGCUGGAUGAGGGAGAAGUGUCCUCUGCAGACAAAGUUUACAUCCUGGACUACCUGAGCUAUGCUGUCUAUCAGCAGGGGGACCUGGGCAAGGCCAUGGCACUCACCAGGCGCCUCCUGGAGCUGGAUCCUGAACAUCAAAGAGCAAACGGGAACAUGAAAUACUUUGAGUACAUCAUGGCUAAAGAGAAAGAAGCAAACAAGUCCAGCACAGAUUCAGAAGAGCAGCAGGAGAAGGAAACUGAGGUUAAGAAAAAGGAUUACCUGCCUGAGAGAAGGAAGUACGAAAUGCUGUGCCGUGGGGAGGGGCUCAAAAUGACUCCCAGGAGACAGAAGAGGCUCUUCUGCCGCUACUACGAUGGGAACAGGAACCCCAGGUACAUCCUGGGCCCCGUCAAGCAGGAGGACGAGUGGGACAAGCCUCGCAUCGUUCGCUUCCUGGACAUCAUCUCCGACGAGGAGAUCGAGACUGUCAAGGAGCUGGCAAAGCCCAGGCUGAGGCGAGCCACCAUUUCAAACCCCAUAACGGGAGCCUUGGAGACGGCACAUUACAGAAUUAGCAAAAGCGCGUGGCUCUCGGGCUACGAGAGCCCGGUGGUGUCCCGCAUCAACACCCGGAUCCAGGACCUCACAGGGCUGGAUGUCUCCACAGCAGAGGAGCUGCAGGUAGCCAACUACGGCGUAGGAGGCCAGUAUGAGCCUCAUUUUGAUUUUGGAAGGAAAGAUGAGCCAGAUGCUUUUAAGGAGUUGGGAACAGGCAACAGAAUUGCUACUUGGUUGUUUUAUAUGAGUGAUGUGUCAGCAGGGGGAGCCACGGUCUUCCCUGAAGUGGGAGCCAGCGUUUGGCCAAGAAAGGGAACAGCUGUGUUCUGGUACAAUCUCUUCCCAAGUGGAGAAGGUGAUUACAGCACGAGACAUGCAGCCUGCCCAGUGCUAGUGGGAAAUAAAUGGGUGUCCAACAAGUGGCUCCACGAGCGGGGGCAGGAGUUCCGCCGGCCGUGCACGUUAUCGGAGCUGGAGUGAUUCUCCCGUGGGGAAUGCACCACCUGCCAGUUUACAGCUAACAAACACUCCACUACAGCUUCCACUACAGCUGUGGACAGGACAAACGUGCUUUUAGUUCCCUCCAAUCCCUCCCCUAAAGGUUUAUUGACAGAAAAUACCGAGGUUGACAAGUGUUACUGAAAAAAAAAAAAAGG